AUGUUAGCCAAUCUUCAAGAACUUUUAUACCCUCUUUGCGGCUUUUUAAAUCAGUUACAAAAAGACACAGCUCGAUUAUAUGAAGUUCUUCAUUGCUUUGGAUAUAUAAUGAAAAUAUUUGAAUGUCAAGAAGAUUUUGAAUUUGGAACAAGAAUGAAAGCAUGUAUUGAAUCAUUUGCUAAUCUAUCAUGGACACAUAUUGGGCAAUGGCUUAAAUAUUAUUAUGAGGCAUGGUUUAAUUGUAAAUCCAUGUCUAUUUUAGCUGAAUUAAUAAAAUAUAAACGGAAAAUUGAUCCAUAUGAUUCAGAGUCAUUUAAACAAUUUAAAGGAAAUUUGAACAUUUGUGGUCUUCUAUGGGGUUAUUACAUUCUAAUCGCAGAGCCUGGUUGCAGACUACAUGUUGCAGCACCUAUAUUGUUAGGUGAUGAAAAUGUUGAACAAGAAUUAGUCAUUACUGAUUUAGAUUAUCAAGUAAGUGACGACAAUGAUGUUGAAGAAGUGACAGCUAUCAGAUCUCAUAAUCAAAAAAAUCGAAGUCUUGAAGAAAAUGAAGAUUUAGUUGCAGAAGAGGAACAAAGGUGGGAAAACCUAAUUAAUGAAUGGAUUGAGGUUGGAGAGCGUGAGAACAAAUUCAAAAACAAAGAUGAUGAAAUUUUAUUGUUAAGCGAAUGGGAUGCAGAUUUUAGUUUAGGAGGGUGA